CCUGGCGGUGGGCGAGCAGUUUCCGCUUCGGUCGGACGAAGGUGGUGAGAGGGUGAACCCGGCACGUCUGCACUGCUCCCAAUUCAUUCCGCUCGCGACAUGGCGGCUGCGUACAGGCUGGUUCUGAUUCGGCACGGCGAGAGCGCCUGGAACCUCGAGAACCGGUUCAGUGGCUGGUACGAUGCAGACCUGAGCCCGGCUGGGCAGGAGGAAGCCCAGCGCGGCGGAGAAGCGCUGAGAGAUGCUGGCUAUGAGUUUGACAUUUGCUUCACAUCUGUACAGAAGAGGGCAAUCCGCACCCUCUGGACUGUGCUGGACGCCAUUGAUCAAAUGUGGCUACCUGUAGUGAGGACCUGGCGUCUCAAUGAGAGGCACUAUGGUGGCCUGACAGGCUUGAACAAGGCUGAGACAGCUGCUAAACAUGGUGAGGCCCAGGUGAAGAUCUGGAGGCGUUCCUUUGAUGUUCCACCACCUCCAAUGGAACCUGAUCACCCCUUCUACAGUACCAUCAGCAAGGAUCGCCGCUAUGCUGACCUCACUGAAGAUCAACUGCCUACAUGUGAGAGCCUGAAAGAUACCAUUGCUCGUGCCUUGCCUUUCUGGAAUGAGGAAAUUGUUCCUCAGAUCAAAGAAGGCAAGCGGGUGCUCAUUGCUGCCCAUGGCAACAGUCUUCGUGGCAUUGUUAAGCAUUUAGAAGGAAUGUCUGAAGCAGCGAUCAUGGAACUCAAUCUGCCUACUGGUAUCCCCAUAGUCUACGAGUUGGACAAAAACCUGAAGCCCAUCAAGCCCAUGCAGUUCCUGGGGGAUGAGGAGACAGUCCGUAAGGCCAUGGAAGCUGUGGCAGCCCAAGGCAAGGUCAAGAAGUGAAGGCAGGAGUACACAAUCAGUAGAAGAUCCCCUCUCUCCUCCCUUUCCCUUCCCAGCACAUACCUGUUGCAAGCCUGAGGGACUGGGCUGCAGAGCCAAAGGAAGUGAAGCUUCCUAGGGCCAUGUUAUUUCCUUCAAGACCAAUUUCCUUCCACAUUCACUUUUCCCCAGCAGGAUCAGCCUCGGGAUGUGAACCACGAUCCAGCAGGGGCUCUGGGAAUAUAGCCAAGCUCAGUGCAAUGGAAAGUGGUGCUGCUAAAAUGGAAGGGCCUUCCCCAAAGAGUGCCCUUCCUGCCUUCAUUCCAUGUAAUGUGGCAGCUGUAGUUGUAGUCAGUCAAGUGUUGCUUGAUGUGGUUUGGCCAUUCCGGAUUGUGACUUUGAAACUAGGGUUGCUCUGGACAGCACAUCAGAGUUUCAAGGAUAAUUGAUGUCUAUUGGGUGUUUGUAGAAACAGCUUGUCACUUCACCAAAGGGCCACAUAUAUUUUUAAGCUGUCCCUCAAGCUACACCUGAUUCUGUAUUAGGUUUCAUUGCCUUGAAAAUGAUAGGGAAAAGGGGUGAGGCCAGGAAGAGAAGGGCCCCCAUCCUGGAAUCUCCAGCUGUGAUCCCAUAACCUUGCUGUGUAGUGCCAGUAAGCCCAGAUAAUAAUGCGUAUCAUCAUGUGUUGCUUUUCUGCCUCACAGUCUGUGUGGUAUCCCUAUCUGACAUAAGGCAGGCUUACACUGAAGCUCACUUCACUGUACAAUGGUUGCAUUUGCCCUAGCCUCAGUAAAAUAAAGAAUUAUGUGCAAUA